AUGGCAUGCUGUGCAGUGGCUGCGUACAUUGUCUGGAGGUUGGUCAGCCUUCAUGAUCGGCUCUUUCAGAUGUACACUAAAUCAGAGGAGUAUCUGUGCGAGAAGGAGAAGCAAGACAAGAGAAACGACGCUAAAAGGCCUUCACAACAGUACGGAAGAUGCAUUUUAACAGUCCGGGGCCUAAGCUGCAGUUCAUGCGUUCGCCAGAUCGAAGCAGCCCUUCAGACCCUCCCAGCUGUGAGAUGCGCACAAGUGUCGCUGGUGCUCCUGAGGGCAAGUGUGGAAUACGACCCACGACACGCUUCAUCGGCGGAUCUUGUUGCCGCCAUACACAAGGCCGGCUAUGAAGCUCAAGAGGACGAGCGAGCGACUGCAGAAUAUGGCCCCAAUGGCCGUCACGGCUGUAUCCGGGACAUGGUCGAUUCUUUCUCUGCGUCCGAGGCCACCUGGGAGCAGAAUGUUGCACAACACCGCCACGACUUCAAGGUCAGUGUGACACUGGCUGCUGUGUCUUGGAUCGGCAGCAGUGCCUUCGCGUAUAUGACGCAAGCUUUCCCGUCCUCAACAUCGGCUUUGCCAGCCUUGCUUUUGGUCUUGCAAGCAGUGGUGGCUCUGGCGUGUCUGGCUGUGUCUAGACGUGUCCAUAUGCACGCCCUGCAAUCUGUGACUGGUCGCAGACCGCGGACGGUGGAGACACUGGCCUCGGCCGGCAUGCUUACGGCUAUGGCAGAUUAUAUUCUAGUAUGGUGCCGUGAAGCCUGCGGAAACCGAGAACCGCAUGUGUUCCCCCGUCUCGGAGGCAUAACUAUGUUGUGUACCUCCAUACUGGGUGUCCAGCUCCUAAAGACGGUGGCAUCGCGGCACUCUCUUGGCCAAGUCACCCGCCUGGCCAGCUUAUUCCCUCAUACAGCGGCCGUCCUUACUGCUUCCAAAAUCACUGAAUCGACCUAUGUCUCUGUGGACCUAGACAUGUUAGUGCCUGGGGACACGUGUCGGAUUGGUACGGGAGACCGACUUCCAGCCGAUGGCCACGUGCUGUCGGGGACGGCCUGGAUAGACGAGACCUGGAUGACAGGCGACCAUCAGCCGAAAUCUGUGGACGCGGCCAGCGGAGAUGCCGUCUUUGCCGGUUGUACCAUUAUCCAGGGCGACAUCGUGGUGUGCAUCGACAGUUGUGGACCCAAGAGCAGACUAGGCCAGCUGCUCGAACGUGUCUUGGCCUCAGAACAGACCACCGGCUCGGUCGAGCACGGAACCGGACUGUUUGUCGAUACCAUCCUCCUGCUGGUGAUCGUUGCAACAGCCACAUCGCGACUCGUCCAGGACUUGUCGUGGACAGAGUGCCGCCAGAGCAUGACCAGCAUGCUGGUGUGUGCUUGUCCUUGCACACUGGAACUCGGCGAGUCCAUCUCGCUUAUAUCCGCUGCCGCAUCUGCGGCCAAGGCGAACAUCCGGCUGCACACGAAUCCCCGACGGAUAGAAGAUGCUGGUCGGGUCAAGACGGUGCUGUUGGACAAGACCGGAACUCUGACAACAGGGGUGCUGAGUGUCAGCUGGUGCGGCCUCGCACCUCACUGGAUGGAAACAGAAAAGUCCAGGGCCGAGUGGUGGGCACUGGUCGGUGCCGUUGAGCAGCACGACGAUAUUGCUGCGAAGCAUCCACUGGCUCGAGCCAUUCUACGGGAAGCCCAAGUGCAAGCGGCAUCAGCCUCGGCAGCCGACAGCCGUCCACGCGUAUCGGUAGUACGUGCGGACUACGAACCAGGAAGAGGCGUGCAUGGCUGGCUUGUCUUGGGUGAUAACACUCCUGCCAUUCCAGGCUCUUCCAUUAACGCCCGCCAUGUUGUCGUGGGCAGCCGCAGCUUCCUCGCAGCUUUGGGUAUCGAGCACGACAUGUCAUCCGUUCCCGAGACAGCACGCGCAGAUGUGGCCACGACCGUCUGUGUGGCCAUCGACCGGAAGCACGCGGGCACUCUGGUCUGCCGCGACGUUGUGCGGCCUUCUGCGCUAGAGCUCGUGCGCAGGCUCUCACAACAGGGCGUGCGCGUUGGAAUGAUCACGGGAGAUGCUUGGAGUGCCGCGCUGCGAGUCGCUGGUGCCGUCGGCAUCUCUGUGGAGAACGUUCAUGCAGAGCUGCUUCCGCUGGACAAGGCCGGCGUCGUUCUAGCGGCACGGCGGCGUGGCCCUGUCGUGGUUGUUGGUGACAACCUCAACGACACGGGGGCGUUUGCUGAGUCAUCAUUUAGUAUCUACGUCGGUUCGGAUACGGUCUGUGCUGGCGAAACCGAUGCGAUGCUGCUGUCCGGGCAGACACGAAACGACGCGGCCCAUGUGCGUGUUGAUCUAGAACAGAUACAAGACGUCAUUCUGCUGGCCAAGACAACGAUGGACCGCAUCCGACAAAACCGGUGGGCAAGCCUGGCCUACAAUAUUGUGGCUCUGGCUUUGGCGUCUGGCCUGCUGCAAAACAUCCAUCAUCGCCUGUAUUUCUCGCCGUACGUUGCCCUGCUUUGA